AAGAGCCAGGGCUAUCUGACGUCACUUCCUAAUGAUAUACUCAUUCUGGAGUUCAGGGCUGCUGAGUAUAUUAUUCUUAAAACAGACAUGAGGCUGUGUUUGGUAUUAGCUGUUUCACUGUUGCCCAUCCUCGUGGCAGUUGUUCAUGGGGCUGAAAAGAAGAAACUUCAGAUAGGAAUCAAGAAAAGAGUGGACAACUGUCCUAUCAAGUCUCGAAAGGGAGACGUGUUGAAUAUGCAUUACACUGGUAAACUGGAGGACGGGACAGAAUUUGACAGCAGCAUACCGAGGAAUCAGCCCUUCACCUUCACUCUUGGCACUGGACAGGUUAUCAAGGGCUGGGAUCAGGGUUUACUGGGAAUGUGUGAGGGUGAGAAGAGGAAACUGGUCAUUCCCUCUGAGCUUGGUUAUGGUGACAGAGGAGCACCUCCUAAAAUUCCAGGUGGCGCCACACUCAUCUUUGAAGUAGAGCUGAUAAGCAUUGAGAGAAAAGCUGAGUUAUAGUGACAGAAUUGUGAGCCUGUGUGUCUUGAACAUUUAAAAUCAGUAAACUUGUAGCUGCACUCUAAACUGCUCUACUGUUAUCUACCAUACCUGCAUAGUUGUUAAAGAAAUGGGUCUCGGAAGCAAAAUCAUUCCAGCAAUCACACUCGGUUUUCAUUCCGUUUUUUUGUUUCACUUUCAAACAGCAUAACACACAGCUAUUCAGACAUGUAUGUAGCACCAUUCUUUAAUUGAGAGUCUUACUACACAUAUUUGGUUGUGAGAGUGCACACAGUACAGUUUAUAUCAUUCCAACAAGUUCUGAUCAGUAAGAGAUGCAUUACUCAUUUCUUGUUCACUUGAAGUUGAAUAAACUUUUUAUUUACAAAAGAGA